GACUUCCUCUUUCUAGACUCGAGGCGUGUGCGACUGUGAGUGUUUGGUUGAGAGCUUCAAGUGGGGAACUUAAGUGAAUCACAUUGUUUUUCUUUGGACAUAAAUCAUAUGGAAAUAUUAACCAUCAAAUGAGACUGAUUCUGACCUGAGCAUAAGAAGCAAGGACUACACGGUGGUGGGAAGAAAAGCAAACCAUCAUAACCAUGCUAAAGCAAUUUAGUCUCCUAAAGCAGUUUGGAAAUGUGGGGAAGGCACAAGAUGCAACUGACCUUCUCGCUGAGGAUCUGGUUUUGGUGGAACAGCGUGUGGAACCAACAAGGAAAGCAGCUCAGAUCAUCCAUAAGAAGCUGGUCGGUUGUUUGCAGAGUCAGCAGGGGCUGGACUCAGAGAAACGCAUGAAAAAGCUCCCCCUAAUGCUGCUCUCUGUCAGUAUGGCUGAGAGCUUUAAAGAUUUUGAUGGCGAAUCCUCUAUUAGGACUGUUUUAGAAAUGUGCUGCUUCAUGGAAAACACUCUGGCACAAACAUUAGCAGAAUUUGAGGUGAAGCUGGAAAAAGAUGUUCUGGAGCCUUUAAAUAAACUCAGUGAGGAAGACCUUCCAGAGAUUUUAAAGAACAAGAAGCAGUUUGCGAAACUGACAACAGAUUGGCACAAUGCUCGAACCAGAGCUCAAGGGAGUUCAGGUCCUCAGGCUAAGCAGGAUGGACUGAGGGAGGAAGUGGAGGAAGCCUGGAGAAAACUAGAAUCUAUUAAGGAUCAGUAUUCAGCUGAUCUUUAUCAUUUUUCCAGUAAAGAAGAUGAAUAUGCCAAUUACUUCUUACAUCUCUUAGAGCUCCAAGCUGAAUACCACAAAAACUCUUAUGAAUUCUUGGAAAAAAAUAUCACAGAACUCAAGGAAAGUCACAACCAAACAGAACCCAAGAUGAGUCUCUCAUUAAGGAAAGUGUUUGGUGAGCCUCUGCUUUCCCAUCUUAAGAGCUGUGAGAAGGAGAUUGCUGAACCCAUUCAGGAGUGUGUUAGCAUGCUGCUGAGGACAGGACUUAAAGAGGAGGGCUUGUUCAGGCUGGCAGCAGCUGCAUCCGUGGUCAAGAAGCUGAAAAACAGUUUGAACUCAGGGAUGGUGGAUCAUGAUGAGUUCUGUGCUGACCCUCAUGCAGUUGCAGGUGUUCUGAAAUCUUACUUGAGGGAGCUGCCGGAACCUCUCAUGACAUUUGAACUAUAUAACGAAUGGUUCAAGGCAGCAGGAGAAAAAGACCUAGAUGAGAAAUUGGAGCAGUUUCGGACUGUAUUGAAAAAACUCCCUUCAGAAAACUACACUAAUCUUCGAUACCUUAUCCAGUUUCUAGCAUGUUUGUCAGAAUACCAGGCAGUUAACAGGAUGACUCCUAGUAAUAUCGCCAUAGUGCUUGGACCUAAUCUGCUGUGGCCUCGAAUUGAGGGAGAGACUUCUUUGUUAGACAUGGCUUCUGCAUCUUCAGUCCAGGUUGUGACAGUGAUAGAACCCCUCAUACAGUAUUCCAAGAGCCUGUUCCCUGAAGAUGUGGAUUUUGAGAUUUCCGAACUCCCUGCGCUGUCUCCAUCUUUACCUCAGAAGUCCCCAUCAGACACUGUCUUUCCCCCAUCUCAAAAUGUGUCUGUCUCAAAAACUGACAGUCCAUCUUCAGUUGAAAAUUCUGGCACAUCAGUAAAUAUUAAGACUGACUUAACGAAUCGUGGUUCAACAACUUGGGAUGGUAGCAAUCCUUCUCCAGACAGUCAGCCGCCUGCUCAGGCUUCUAGUUCAGAUGCAGCUCUUGGUGAGAAGCAGCCCAAACCUCAUCCACAACCACUACCUCGGUCUCAGCUUCAAGCAAAGUCUCAGAUUCAGGAUGCCACCCAAUUAAAGACAAACGACUCUCCAGAUGAUGGCUUAGAGCAUUCCCCCGAAGGCACACUCAAGAUCACCACUCCCUUUAAACCAAGAAGGUCAUUUGUUCAGCACAGGGCAUUUAAUAAAGACUCUGUUGUAAGCUAUGGCAAACCCAAAACCCCAGUUACUCCCAUGAGCGAGCCUGGAGUUCUGCCAAGAAGUUUUCCACUGGCCAUGCCUGCAAUCUCUGAGGCACAGAUGCAGCCUGCAGCCAAACCCCAAGCGCCUCCUGCUCCUUCAGCUCCUCCUGUUCCUGCAGUUCCUUCACCUGAAGGAGCUCCUCAGAAAAAGGCUGCGGGCAAGAGACCCAAAGUGCCCCCUCCACUUCCACCCCCAUCCCUGCCCAAGCAGCUCUCAUCCUCAGCCCAGUGAGCCCAACCUGCAUUGGCCUUUCUCACGAUUCACUGUCAUCAUGUGGUGUAAAUAAUAUGCUUUCUUGUUUUUAAAUUUGCUUCUUUUUUAUGUGCACUGUCUCAUUUACUGUAGCUCUAUAAAACCUUACCCUGCAAACCGGCUUUCCCCAAUAGGUUCCUAUAUAUGCAAAUAUAAUACAAAGGGAAAUCUCACUUCCUAUGGUUUCAGCCUUGUGUGCUAACAACAGUGUACAAUUACAAUGUCCUCAGCAAACUGGGGAUUUCCUAUGUGGUACAACAAGAAAAUUGUAAUCACACGUGUAAAUAGUGUUGUAUUUUUGUGUUAUGUUCUCC